GACCUCGACAUCCGUUGGCCAUGGGGCGUUGCGAGUUGUGGCUCCCCAGACGCGCUUGAGGGUAGUGGAUAACAGUCCCUGGAGUAACAUCGCACCACGCGUCGCGGACCCGAGGAAACGAACCCCUCAAACGGUCGGCCACAAAGCUAUCCCCACCUCCGGUUUGGACUUGGGGACUGUGCUAAAUUCGGCGAGCAGAACAUUGGUCAUGAAACCCGCGCUGUGCAUUCGAGUGCGCAAUUCAACCAACUGGGGAAGAACAGGUGAGGGUAACCUUUUCGUAUAA